AUGUACGACUCCCGCUUAGCAGAGCCAUUAGUUCUCGACACUAAAUCCACGCUGGCGACUAAGACGGGCACUAUCACAACCACCCUUGCCUAUACCGAGGAACAGGCGUCCACUCCCACGACUGCCCCUGGGAGUCGCAGUCGUGGAAGCAGCGUGUCCUUCCACCACAGAGAUAUUAGUGUCGAUCAAUCACCUCAGCGACAUCAGCUCCCCGUCAAGAUGGCGACCGCUGGACGCUAUACUCCCAGUCCCGAGCCAGCACCGGCUCUGUUUGUGCGGGCCAUGUAUGACUAUGAUGCCGACGAUCAUACCAGUCUUAGCUUUCGGAGAGGCGAUAUCAUACAAGUGCUGAACCAACUCGAAACCGGCUGGUGGGACGGGGUGAUCAACAAUAGUGUCCGGGGCUGGUUCCCUAGCAAUUACUGCACCAUCAUUACAGAUUCUAGCGAGCUUGAGGAGCAUGUGUCAAACGAACAUGAGGAUGGAGAAAUCAGCGCGGAGUCCGGCCUAGGAGAUGAAUACGAGGAGGAGCGCGAGGAAGACCACGAGGAGGACGAGGUCGAUUCUGCAGGAAACCCGCGCGAUUCGCAACCGAUAUUACCUAUCGAAGGCACAGGGCCUCCAAAAGAGCAGGAGGAGGCCGCUUUUUGGAUUCCACAAGCAACCCCAGAUGGCCGUCUAUUCUACUUUAAUACUCUCACCGGCUAUAGUACUAUGGAGCUGCCGUUUGAAAACCCGUCCACGAACGAAACGGGUCCGUACGACCGCAGUAACUUUUUUGUGCCCAAUCAGACCAGACCUCCCCCCGAAAUGAUGGCCCGUGGUUUCGAACGAGACGAGGAUGACUAUGAUGGUUCUGCAUCGGAAGCUGAGGGUGAAUCCCUGAUGCUGGCUUCCCAAGACUCCAUGUCCCGAAGACGACAGUCUUAUAUUGACGGUGUAUCUCCUGCGACAUCCAUGGAUUCCUUACACCCACCAUCCACUACGAAGUCGAUCAACGAUGGCAAGAGCUCGCAUCGAAGCCUUCACAAGGCGUAUAGCUUUGGCACCGCUGCCAGCAGUACUACAUCGCUUUCCGACAAUUUUCACAGACCUUCUAUCUCUUCCGAGGCUCCCUCGCAUUUUGUCGACGACGGUGCAUCACCCCCCCUGACUUGGCCUCUCCUCGUUGACAACAUGCGCAACGCUGUCGAGAUCUAUCGCCAGACUCUAUUGAACGGUGAUCGCUCAGAAUUCGUGAGGAAAGCAGAGGACAUAUCAGAUCACCUGCGUAUGCUUCUGGCUGCUGGCUCCGACACCACAGACAAUCAUUCUGGAAAUCCAUCGAUUAUCUCCACGAAUAAGGCUCUGUACCCGCACUUUAGGGAUAUGAUGUCCAAAUUCUCCAAAUUAGUGCUUUCGUCCCAUAUUGCCGCUGCUGACUGGCCAGGUCCGGAUUCCGUCAACAAAUGUUUACAAGAGGCAGAUGGUGUUAUGCAGGGCGUCUAUGGUUAUGUCGAUGUUGCAAGGCAGCAGCGUGGUGACUUCAUACGACGGAUCGUCCCGGGCUUUGUGGUAGGUAGUUAUUCUGGCGGUGGUUGGCAGAACAAUGGCGUUUCCCUCAAUGAUUCGGGACCGACGUCCUUCUUAGACCAGGAUGGGGGUGACUCUCGGACUGAACCAGCGGUGAUUCUGGAUGCAGCACUUUUAGACCACAUUGAUAUUCUUCGAAGGUCCUUUGUUGGCAGCAUUCGUCGACUUGAGGAACGGUUGACGCUCAACCAGAAGAAGAUCGUCACCGUUGCUGAACACUGCGAAAUAGGGGAUGCCGUCUCGGCCGCCGCUAUCAAGGUCAUCGAGCAGUUUCGCCCUUGGAUCUCCUCCGUCGAGUCUAUUAACUUGGUGCCUCUGGGAACUAGUUUCCAGAACCCGCAGUUGGUCGACUUUAGUUUACAGAAACAGCGAGUUUACGAUGCGAUCGCCGAUUUUGUCCUCGGAUGUCAAGCCGUUACGACACCCCUGGGUGAUGAAUGGGCUGAAUUGCGUGGGGAUUCUCUCGAUGACCGCCUGAAUGCUGUGCGAGGCGUUGCUAGGCAACUCGAAAACUACGUUUCCCAGAUAGGAUUCUCUCUCUCCCUCCUACUCGAGCAAAUUCCUGAGUCCCCUGGAGCUUUUCGUAGCGAAAGCCGUGUGGGGGGAGAUAAUGAGGGCUUCAAGGGUCCUCUGCAUAACCGCGGGGAAUCCCAGGCUAAAGUUGCAGAUGAAUCAAUCGGAAUCCCAUCUUCAUACUCCAUCGAUCACGCAACGAGCAAAGUGCGGCGCAACAUGGAUAAGGCCCAGAGAUUCUUUGGACAAGCCCCGCCAGCUGCAAUCACUCGAGAACCAAUUCGUGAACCGGUUCGGGAGCCGGAAGAAGCGCCUUGGUUUUUGAAGAUGGAUCAUGAAGGCGAAGUAUUUUAUGAUACCAAGAACGAUGUGCCUACCUUGAAAUGCGGCACGCUAGCAGGCCUAGUGGAGCACUUAACUCGACAUGACAAGCUUGAUGCUUCUUUCAACAACACUUUCCUCCUUACCUAUCGUUCUUUCACCACUGCCUCGGAGCUUUUUGAGUUGCUAACCCAACGUUUCAAUAUCCAGCCACCAUUUGGCCUCAACCCGGAGGAGAUGCAAAUAUGGGUUGAUAGGAAGCAGAAGCCUAUCCGAUUCCGUAUAGUCAACAUCCUAAAGAGUUGGUUUGAAAAUUUUUGGAUGGAACCGAACGAUGAGGCGCAUAUGAGGCUUCUUGAACGUGUUCAUGCUUUCACCAAAGAUUCCAUCGCCACCACGAAGACACCAGGUACACCUCCAUUGUUGACUGUUAUCGAGCAACGACUUCGUGGCCAAGACACAACUGUCAAACGUCUUGUCCCUACUCAAGCGGUUCCUGCUCCGACCCCCAUCGUUCCGAAGAACAUGAAGAAACUCAAGUUCCUGGACAUUGAUCCCACGGAGUUCGCUCGCCAGCUUACAAUCAUCGAGUCACGCCUUUACUCCAAAAUUCGACCUAUAGAAUGCUUGAAUAAAACGUGGCAAAAGAAGGUUGGGCCCGACGAGCCCGAACCUGCAACUAACGUGAAAGCUUUGAUCCUUCACUCGAAUCAGCUGACCAACUGGGUUGCGGAGAUGAUCCUUAGUCAAGGUGAUGUCAAGAAGCGUGUGGUUGUUAUCAAGCACUUUGUUAACGUGGCAGACAAAUGCCGUACCCUCAACAAUUACUCCACCCUGACCUCCAUCAUCUCUGCCCUCGGAACGGCGCCUAUCCAUCGCCUCGGUCGGACAUGGGGUCAAGUUAGUGGACGCACGUCCACCAUCUUGGAGCAAAUGCGCAGGCUCAUGGCCAGUACAAAGAAUUUCGGCGAGUACCGUGAAACUCUGCACCUGGCAAACCCGCCGUGCAUCCCGUUCUUCGGUGUUUACUUGACCGAUUUGACCUUCAUUGAAGAUGGUAUUCCAUCUCUUACGCCAUCGGAGCUGAUCAACUUCAACAAACGCGCCAAAACCGCGGAAGUAAUCCGAGAUAUCCAGCAGUAUCAAAAUGUCCCGUAUCUUCUUCAGCCUGUUCCAGAAUUGCAGGAUUAUAUUCUUAGUAAUUUACAAGCGGCGGGCGACGUGCAUGACAUGUACGACCGGAGUUUGGAAGUGGAACCCAGAGAACGGGAGGACGAAAAGAUUGCGAGGUAUGCUACUACUAGUCCUACUACAGCCAGUGGAGACAUGAGUACCUUCGCUAUUGCGAGCUUGGCCAUGUCGAUGCGUUAA